UGUUGACAGUUUUGGUGUGUAAAAUAGAAUGUCCUACUUCAAAUCAUUUUUAAAUAUUAUAUGGACUUUAUUGUUUAUCUGGAGUUUAGUAGCUGCUGCUCCACCCGCAAAAACAGAACGUUCCAAAUUGCCAUCCUUCGUCAAAAUUUGUCGUCGUAAUGAUCCAAAUCUAAAUAAAUGUGCCCGCAGUGCUUUAAAUUCGCUUAAGGAUCGUUUACAGGAUGGAAUACCGGAACUGCAUAUACCGGCUACAGAACCAUUAGUAAUACCCGAAAUAAAAAUGAAUCAAGAUACAGGAGCGGUUUAUGUGAAAUCGACCUAUAAAAAUAUACACAUUUAUGGUUUAUCGAAUUUCACCAUUAAAUCGUUAAAUAUUGAACCAUCUAAAAUGAAAUUCACUACUACUUUGAUGUUUUCGAAUAUAACCAUUAAUGCUGACUAUGAAAUUGAUGGUAAAAUAAUGAUGAUGCCUUUGUCGGGUUCGGGUCCUUGUAAUGCAAAUUUCAGUGAUGUUGCUUUGACUACCGUUAUAUUGGGUGAACGUCAAAAGAAAAAUGGUCGUAAUUAUUUGAAGAUUAAGGAUAUCAAAGUCAACUAUGAUGUGGGUAAAGUGAAAUUAAAUUUGAAUGAUUUAUUCAAUGGUGAUAAUGAUUUGGGUGAUCGUAUGAAUUCAUUUUUAAAUGAAAAUUGGGAUUCUUUGUCGGAGGAAUUGAGACCUCUAUUGGAGAAGGCCUUAACCGAGGUGGUCCAGUCGUCGACUGAUAAACUUUUUAAAACAUAUAGUUAUGAUGAUUUGUUGCCAUUGUAAAGUGAAAUAUAUUUUUAAG